AUGGAUCGACUGAUGAAGGCGAGGGCUCCAGUUCGAGCUUCCAUUACCAAGACGGUGGAUGGUGUAGUAGCUGAGUUGGCGAAAGAUCCGAAGCACUCAAUGGAACUUACCAUCAAAUUAAGGAAGUUGGAAUCCCUGCAGACGUCGAUCAGAGAACAUGAUGAAAAAGUGCUCGCCCAGAUGUUGGAUGACAAUUGCACGGCGGAGGCGUAUGGGGAGGAGAGUGCAUCAUGUGAAGUGUACUCAGACAAAAUCAGUGCUGCAAUUUUGAAAAUUGAGAAGACUCUUUAUGCAGAACUUCGUCCACCAAGUCCGAGUGCAAGUAGUAGUUACGUCACGGUGAAUGGGGAGCGUAUCAAGAAGAAUAGAAACUUCAAACUGCCCAAGAUCGAGCUACAGAAAUUCGAUGGGAGUUGGAAGAAUUGGUUGGGGUGGUGGGCUCAAUACCGUCAGAUUCACGAAGAUGAUGAAUUGCAAGUAAACGUGAAGUUUCAGUAUUUGAUUCAAGCCAUCGUCCCCGGAUCAGAAGCAGAGAAGGUGAUCAAGAUUUAUCCGCGGUCGGAUCAGAAUUAUCCUUUGGUGGUUGAGAAGCUGAAGUGCCGGUUUGGUGAUGAGAAGAUUUUACGCCAAAUUUAUAUCAGAGAAUUGUUGGGCCUGGCUAUCAAUAGCGCCGCGGAUUCAAGGGAAGAUGCCGACGUGGAAGAAUUGCAUGACCAGUUGGAAGGUCAUUUGAAGAGUCUCGAGUCUUUGGGGAAAGUUAGUGAUCCAAGUGAACUCAUUUAUCCAUUAGUGGAAUCCAGUCUGCCACAGCAAGUGUUACUCCGUUGGCAGAAUAGUAACUUAAGGGUACGCGAGAAGAAAUCGGAGUUUUUGCGGCUGGAGGCGCAUAAUCCCAAAGAAAGGAAAUUUGUGCUAUCAACCUUCAGGCAAAGUCCAGUCAAGAAUAGAGAGAAAGUAAACGUGUAUGCAGAGAGUGAAUGUGAAGAUUUCUCCACUGCUGCCGGUCUCUAUUCAAGUCAUCAAGCUGAGCAGCGAUGUGUCUUUUGUGGAAAGUCGAAUCACAAAAGUCAGAAGUGCUAUAAGGCUCAGACAUUACCUCUCGAGGAGAAGAAGAUCCUGGUGAAAGAGAAUCGGGGAUGCUUCAUCUGCCUAGGAAGAGGACAUUAUGCAAAUGACUGCACCAAGGAGGUCAGUUGCCAAACUUGUGGACGGAAACACUACUCUGUGAUGUGUCCUGGUCAGGUCCGAGAUGAGGAAGUGACGUCAAUUAAUGAAGAUGAAUCAAGUAGUUCGGUGGAAGAAACCACCACAAACUUCAGUCAGGGAUGCAAAAGUAAAGUUGUCCUGAUGAAGACGCUUCGUGUCAAAGUGGGCGGAGUAAGUGGAGUCAAGAAGGAAGUCCGGCUACUUUUCGACGAGGGCAGUCAGAGGUCAUACAUCAGGACGAAAACUGCCCAGGAAUUGAAAUGUCAAGUAGUGGACAAGUUGACUCUUCAGAAUAGUUUGUUCGGUGGACAUGUGUGA